UUAGUAUAUUAUUUACGUUAAAUCUUAUUCUAUUUUUGCUAUUUAUUUUAUAAAGGCAUGUCGAUAGUAGAAAUCGUACACCACAACGAAGUUAUUUACACCAUUCUUGACAAACCCCCACCAGAACCACCUAAGACCCCCAGAUACCACUCUGAGCUGGAGAAACAGCUGAAGGCCCGAAAGAUACCGCAACUGCGUCGGACGUUUGGGUACGCCGAGACGCCCGUCAACCCUCCUGACAAGUUCCUUAAGAAAGGGGAAGGAUAUAGUCAGCCCGUAAAGAAGACUGACCACAAAUGCGUGAAGGGCGACUUGCCCCCCGUGCCGAGGCGACCGCCACCCGGGAAGGGUCCAGAGAAGCCAAAGGUCAAUUUUAGGGUGCUCAACAUUAAGAGAGCCAUCAAGGUUAAGGGCAGACCUGUGGAGCCGAGACUAGUAGACACUCGCGACGGCCACAUAAAGAAGAUCAAGGGCUCCGGCGAAGUGCCAGAGUACUGUCUCCGUCCGGACUUCGGGCGUAUGCCGGCGUACCUGCUGCGGCGGAACAGGAAGAUCAAAAAGGAACUGGACGCCAUACAGUACGCCGAUGAUCAUAAGGAGAGCCUGUGCAAGCAGCUCGCUGAUGAGGACAGGGAGAAACUGCUCAAGGACCUCAAAACAAAAUGGCAGCUAAAGCAGAAGGCGUUCCUCCAGCUACCGAUGCUCACGGACACGGUACCCAAGAUCCUGAAAAAGGUUAAGAUGGAGCAGGAGCUCCGGCAACUCGAGAAGGACAUACAGCUCGUAGAGUCCAACCCAUAUAUUUAUGUUUAUUGAGUUGUACGGAAUACCUACCCGGAAGUGAAUCUCGUUGACCGCUGAACGCUACGCCUAUGAAGGUCUAUAGAUGGUCAACUAAAUCUUGGCACUAAAAAUGGCGCGAAAUUAAACUUUCGUUCCCUACAUUUUCAAUCAAUUUUGAAGUGUUAGGUAUUUGGCUCGUCGAUGAUUCCGCCAACGUCAAUGUUUAAGGCACGCGUUUAUGAAGACAUGGCCGGAGAGCCCUACAUUUUUUAAAUUGGCCGCCUUUUUUAAGUGCCAAGAUUUGGUUGACGUCUAAGAUACGAUAUUAUGAUCAGUGAUCGGAACUAUGGGAGUAAAACUUUAACAAAUCUUGCUAAGUAGACAUUUUUAGAGUACUUACAGCCAUGAAAAUAUUAAUAUAUCCUUGUAGUAAUGUAUAAUAUAAGAAAUCUUGGAUUCAGGUAUAGAAUCAUAUUUAACACUGAUCUGAAAAUAAUAAUCUUGGUUUUAUUUUAAAUUUAUGUCAGCUCUAACGUUUUGUUAAUGUUUUAUUCCCAUAGUUCCGAUCACUGAUUAUGAUGUAGCCGUGCGCUGCAGUUGACGUCUUUGGCGGUCGAUAGAUUAUCUAUUUUUUUUUCUUACGUCGGCAUAUGUCCUUGAUAAACGGAAAUUCUACGAUUUUUAAAUUGUCCAUAUCGUGGUCCGUUUUGUGGAACUGUUUAUUUGGCAAAUUUAUUGCUUCUCAUCAUAAAUUACACGAUGUAAUAUUAGGUACAUAACUUAAGUAACGCCGCGAUGUUUAUGAUUAUGACGUAUUAUGACGUACAUAGGUACAGUCAACCAAUUUGAAUCCUAGGCCACUGUUAGAACCCUUUCACAGUAAAAGUCAAACUGACUUCUAUAGCAAAUAAAGCAUGGUGCACGGUGUCAAUGCGACAGGGUUCUAGAGUGGCCCAGGAUUUAAAUUGGUUGACUGUACAUAGACGUCAUGGCGUGAGAUGCGCGACUUAGCGGUCAAAAGGUAAAAACAGGCAAUCCAAACGAUAACUUAUGUCCUCUUGAUACUCAUAUUAAUAUUAAAGAAACUGUUUGUAGUACUAUUAUUAUGGAUCGAUAUUGUGAACUGAUCAAUGUGUGUGUAUGAGUGUGAAAUAAAACCGUGUGAGAUAUAA